UAGACAUUCUGAUAAUUCUUCGCUCUUCGACUGCUGUGCGAGAAGAUGCCAAUUCUACAUUAUGACAGGCGAGCAUUGGUAUUUGGUCCAUGAUGAUGCUGCUGAACGAGCUGGCUCAGUGCUGUCAAUAAAUGUCGAAAGUUUGCUACUGAAUUCAUCCAAGUCAGCAGUAGAGUUCUUGGAGCCCGAGAAGGCAUUAGCCAAGUAUCGGACUUCAAUGCUGUCUGUGGGCCCCAUACAAAAUCCGGUGCACACCGGUUACAACGUCUGGGCCAAAGCUGAAAUCCAAGUGGCGGAGGAAGGCUUGCAGUCUUUGCAGCUACUCUGCCAUGUCACAGAUAUAGCUCUGUGGCCUUACAUUCAGUUGUCCUGUUUGAGGGUGUCUCAGCUGGACUUGUCAGAUGAGGAAGAAGUGCGGUGCGCCAACUGGUCCAUAUCGACAUUGAUGAAGUCUCCACUGCUACGCAUCAUGUCAUUGCCACUGGCGGACAAGGCCAAUGGAGCAGCAAAGUAUGUGCUGAUGCUUGAAGCAAAUCUUCCCCCAGAGGUGCUUCCAAAGUCUACGGGCGAACUCUCGAUUCAGUUGUUUGUCCCUCCUGUCAGCACUCCCCUGGAGAUUGAUUUCGAUCUAGGUGAUAAGGAGACAGAGGACACAACACAGGAAGAGGCGCCUCUUCAGCUGCAGAUGCUCACCGUUGACCAUGUGCUGCGAUGGCAAGGUGAAUGUGCUGAGAAUGACAAAGGGUUGGUGCUUUGUGAGCGGAUCACAGUACCUCCUGAAACAGGUGAUGUCACGAGCACCCUGCGGGUGACAGUCGAAGGUUUGCCGCAGGCUUUCCUCCGAGCAACCCUGGUUGCACAAAUGCCUCCUACCGACGAAAUGAGACCUCCACCUCCAGAAGGAGCAGCCUUGGAACCACUAGUACGAGGAGCACCAAUAAAUCCUCGUGACUACAGUGGACGAAGGAACUGGCUUUCGCAGUGCAAGAAAGUUGCAGAAACAAGUGGGCUGGAGAUCAUCUCAUUUCCACAUGUUCUUCUUGCUGAAGCAGCGACUUACCUUCUCUAUGUCCACUUGGAUGAAUUCAGAGGGCCCGCUGGUCUUGACGGCGGAACGUGGCUGUUGGAGAGCUUUGGUUCCGGUGCGUUGGAGGUUGGGUCUGAUGCGAUGGAGCAAGACCUCGAGGAGCUGGUUCGGAGAUCAUGGGCGGAGACUCCUCAGGAGGGUGAUGCACCGCCACGAAGUGAGACAGCGGCUGCAGCGCGAGAAAGUUGGGUUGCAGCCCGCUCCAGAGGGCAGGAUGCCGAGGCUGCCGAAGAAGAAGAAAGCGAGGAGAAAAAGCAGCUCGUAGCUGCGUUGGAGCGCACCAAGAAGGUGAAGCAUCCAAAUACCAGCAUUGCGCAGUUCUUGAGCUGCCAUGUAGAUACUCCGGCUUUGCUGAUCCAAGAGGAUCCAUAUACUGUGGCUCCAGAUAGGCCUGAAUGGAGGCCUUCGGAAGAUACUGAUGGAACUGCUGCGGAUGAGAUUCGUGCAGAGGAUACAGAGGUUGCAGUUGCGGUAAAGGCCAUGGGAACAGAAGGUGAGCGCCAGGCUCGGGAACAGGAGAUUGAAAUCUCAACCACGAGGUGGCAAGCUGCAAAGGAAAGUUUGGAAGCGGCAAAAGAGCGAAACGCCAAUCAGAUACAGGAACUCAGACAGUGGCGUGAAGAACGCACAGCCUUGCCCGGUGGAGUUGAAGGAACUUCCUUUGCACCUGCAAGACGCGAAUUGAGGGGUGCUCUUCAUUCUCGCAUGGAGAAGUGCGCCAUUUUAAAGGUUGGUGUCCUUGAUGUAAAGCGCACAGAUCCUGAGCCUUUAAGAGUGGCGCUAUCAGACGCAGAAGCAGCAGGCUCCCGAAACUAUGACCUGACGUUGGUGGAGAACGCUGUACGGAAGUUGAGAGUUUUAGAUGCAGCUGUUGCCUUCAAAGAAGCCCUCACCAACAUGGAGGCCAAGGCAGAGGCAGCAACAAACGCUGCAGCAACGGCCGCAGCUGCAGAAGAAGGCAGUGAAAGCUAUGAGCAAGCCAAAGAAGCUGCUACAACAGCUGAGGGGGAAGCAGCUGAAGCUGCCAAAGGUUUGGAAGAGUCCCUCUCCGAAUUCAAGGCCAGCAUCAAGGAGGCUAGUGCAAGUGAGAUUCCUCUUCCAGCAGAGCUUCUGAACGAGGAGCCAAUGGAAAAGGCCGCGGAUAUUCUGAAGCAGCGCUCUGCCGAAGCUGCGGAGGGUGCGGAGCCUGCGGAGCCCAAUGCCUGAAACGGGCGGGAGUUUCCGAGUUUGCCAAUCU